AUGGCAAGUGACGAUGAAUUUAAUGAAGCUGAUCUGUGUUUUAUUAGCAAUGUUGAGACAAAUAUAUUUGAUGAAAUGCUAGAUUCUUAUGGGCAACUUCGAUCUGAGGAAAGUAAUAGCUUAGUAGAAUCUGAGGCUGAAACUGAUUUGACUGAUUUGGAGGAGGGAUUAUAUCCCUUAACUAAAGGGCAAAGUUUUACUGAUUGGAAAGAUGUUGAAAACAAAGAUUUGUAUGAUGAAAUGCUCAUUGAAUUAACAGAACUUGUUGAUGAGCAGGAAGGACGCGUUUUGCAGUCAGAUGAUGAGUAUAAUUAUAAAACAAUCAAUAAUCUACUAAAACCACAAACAAAGGGACAGAAGCGUCAAAAAUGUAUAGCAGCAUUCAAUAAUAGCGCACGAAAAAAAGUGUUGAAGAAAACAACUAAUGUGUUGCAGAAUGAUGAUUUAGUGAAGAUGGCUAGUUCCAAUAUUAGUAAUGAAUCAAUUAAUAUUGACAGUACUGAAGGAACAAAAGUUGAUAUAGUUAAUGAGGAUAUGGAGCAAUCAAUUCAAG